UUUUAAUUAAUUUAUAGAGUACAAAACAGAAAACACGAAAGUGAAAAUAUUUACUAACGUCAAAAUGGACGAUUAGGAACCUUGUGUCGUGUUCAGUAACAACAGUAAUUAUUUAAUCUAUUGUGCAGUUAAUAGUGCACUUCAAUUAACUUUUACAAACAAGAAUGAUGCAAUUUAUGUUACUGUUCAGCCGACAAGGCAAAUUAAGAUUGCAAAAAUGGUAUGUCGCCCAUCCAGAUAAAUUGAAGAAAAAAAUUACCAGAGAAUUAAUUACAACCAUUUUGGCAAGAAAACCGAAAAUGUGCAGUUUCCUUGAAUGGAAGGAUCUCAAAAUUGUCUAUAAAAGAUAUGCCAGUUUGUACUUUUGUUGUGCCAUUGAACAGGAUGAUAACGAAUUGCUCACUUUGGAAAUAAUUCAUCGCUAUGUAGAAUUACUUGACAAAUAUUUUGGAAGUGUCUGCGAACUGGAUAUAAUUUUCAAUUUUGAAAAAGCAUAUUUUAUAUUAGACGAGCUUUUAUUGGGUGGGGAAGUACAGGAGACAAGCAAAAAGAACGUUCUUAAGGCUAUAGCCGCCCAGGAUUUGCUACAAGAGGUUAGUAAUGGUGACACUAGCUAUGAACUGUGAAAUUUGUUAUUACAUUUUUUUUCCUUAAGUACAUUAUUUAUAAAACAGGUGAAUAGGGGGAAAGGGGAUGUUCUCUUCGUUGUUGUUGUUGUUGCUGUUGUUAUAUCAUUUACCUAUAAUGUGAUAACAAUUUUCUUGCAUCUUUAUAUUUAUGUUUGUUAUUGUUCAUCCUUGUACCUACUUAAUAUUUAUUAUUAUUUUUUUUUUUUCUUUCAAAAACUAUUGUAUCAAUGUUUGUUUUGCUGUUUUAAACAAUAUUCACUUUUUAUUGUACUGACCACUUUGAAGAAGUACAGCAGAGCACAAAACAUAUGGGAACUUGUUGAUUAAUCUCAAAAAAAAAAGACCGCACAAAUAUUGUUUAAUAUGUGCAAACAAAAGACUGAUAAGUUACCUUUUAAACUAUUGUUAUAUGUACCAUACCUUACAUAUACAUAUGCAUGAAAUCUGUAGAAUAUCUGUGUUGUCAGGGCUCCAGUUCAUUAUAAAUACUAUAAAUUUUUCGCAAAUGAACAAAUGCAGUUAGCUACUGUAUCGUAUUUGUUUAAUCUGUUCUUCUUCUUUUGUUUUACAUAUGUGCAUGUGUUUUUGUUGUAUUAUCAUAUGUUUCAUUCGAAAGCAUGCUUCCAAAAAUUGUGCCAUUAAAUGGAACUUCGUAUCUCUAUUUAAGUGCUUUAGUGACGGGCGUCUUUAUUAAAUAAUAUAAUCAAUAAAACUGCACCCACAGGUGUUUUAACAAGUACACAGUUAACAUUUUAAUAAAUAUUAAAUGAUAGUAGCUUCAGGUACUAGUUUGUAGUAAAUAAUGUUUGUUUCCUACGAUUUUCUUUUCUUUUUUAUAUUACUUGUAUGUACCUACUUAUAUGUGCCGCAAGGUUGUUGCCUUUUAUAUACAGGGUGGAUUAAUUUAAAUAGCUUCUUGAUCGGACACCCUGUAUGUUGUCGAUUUUAAAACUUCGCCAUUUAUUGAAUGUAUGUAUAUUUAAGAAGAAGGCACCAUUUCCUAUUUUCUGUGUUCUUCGGCUGUUGAAAUUUUCUUGUUUCUCUAGUCACGCUAUUGUUUUUCCCAAUUGUCCUACGUGUACACUUGCUGUGUUUUGUUUUCCUGUUGUUGUUGUAGCGUUAAAGGGUUUCGUGUUUCUUUUGUUUCAAAUUUUAUCUGUUUUUAUGUAUACUUUAUUAUUAUUUUCUACACGUAUUAUGACUAUUAUUAAAUAGAUUGGUAAUUAAAGUUCUACUUAAAUAGCCAGUAGUUUAGUUCCUAAUGAAUAACUUUCUUGUUGUAUUUACAAUAAUUAUUAAAUUUAUAAAUAUAUUUCUUCGUUUCGAAAA